CGCUCGCUCGCUCAUGCCAUGCUGGGCCAGCGCGGCUCCGGCAGACGUGUGUUUACCCAUAUCCGGGUUAGGGAGGAAAGGAGGAGAAAAAAAAAGUUUCAUUUAAACCUGAACAAAAAAACUUUCAACGUGAAAUCACACAGCGGGAACGGGCACGGACCGUAAGGCGUUCUUACCAUUUCUAACCUCAACCACGGACUCGGGGAGGGAAAUCGCUGUAACUCGUUACUAUUAUCAGCACCAAUUUCUCCGGACUCGCAAUGUUGCGAUGAUCAUGGCCGCGCAAGUCGCAGCGGCUCCGGCGAGUGCGAACAACAGCAAGGGCAAAGCCCCGAGCCUGCCGGGCGGCCUGGGCCCAGAGCGAGGCCCGGGGGGAGCCGGGGCUCCCGGGCCGGGCCCCGCACUGGGGGUCGGCGAAGGGAGUCCGGCCGGAGGCAACAGCGUGAAUAAUUUAGAUCACCAUCUCCACCACCACCACCGCAGCGAGCCGCCGAACAUGGCCAAUAACGCGGCUCCCGCCGCUGCCGCCGGUAACAACAACAACAACGCCAGCGGCGGCGGCGGCGGCUCCUCCUCGGAGCCGGCUCUGAAGGAAGGUGGAAGCUCCUCGGAGUUAUCUUCAUCUUCUUCGUCUUCUUCCUCCUCCUCCUCCUCCUCCUCCAACCCGGGCUCGGCUAUGGAGACGGGGCUGCUCCCCAACCACAAGCUGAAGAGCGUCGGAGGCGAUCACCCCGCCGCGCCGCCCCACCACCACCAUGCCCACCACCCGCAUCACCAUGCCCACCACCACCAUACCCACCACCCGCACCACCACCACCAUGCACUACAGCAGCAGCUAAAUCAAUUCCCGCCGCCGCCGCCGCAGCAGCCGCCGCCUCAGCACCAUCCCGUGCAGAAUAACAACAGCAGCCUCGGCGGCGGCGGCGGCGGCAGCGGCAGCAACAACAACGGCGGUGGCGGUGGCGGCGCUGCUCAGCCCAGUGCAGACAUGGAGCAGCAGCAACAUGGAGGAAAAGACAGUGUUUUGGGCGCUCAGGCCGAGCCCCCCCAGCAGCCGCAGCAAAUGCUGAAUAAAGGCGCCGACGAGGAGGAGAUGCCCGGCAAGAUGGGCGAGCCCAUCGGCGGCCGCUACGACCACCCCGGCUUGGGACCCCUGGGCGGACAGCAGCAGCCCCAGCAGCCGCCCCCGAGCGCUGGGAGCGGCGGCGGCGGCCUCGGCGGCGGCGGCGGGAGCGGGGGAGGCGGCGGCGGCCCCUCCGCGGUGGGUGUCUCGGAGUUCAAUAGCUAUUAUGGCAACCCUGCCCCUGCCCCUGCCAGCAGCGCUACGGCGAGCCGCGCCGGGCCUUGCUUUGAUCAACAUGGCGGACAACAAAGCCCCGGGAUGGGGAUAAUGCACCCCACGGCGGCCCCCAACAGCAUGGACCCCCUGCAGAACUCCCACGAAGGGUACCCCAACAGCCAGUACAACCACUACCCGGGCUACGGCCGCGGCCCCAGCGGCGGCGGCGCGGGCGGCGGCGGCGGCGCGGGAGCCGUGGCGGCGGCGGCGGCGGCCGCCGGGGCAGGCGGCGGCGGCUACGGGGGCUCCGCGGCGGGCUACGGGGUGCUGAGCUCCCCGAGGCAGCCCGGCGGCGGCAUGAUGAUGGGCCCCGGCGGCGGAGCCGGCCUCGGCAAGGCUGGUGCCGGAGCGGCGGCGGCGGCCGGCGGAUUUGCGCGGUUCUCCGGGCAGAACCAGCACCCGUCCGGGGCCACCCCUACCCUGAACCAGCUGCUCACGUCCCCCAGCCCCAUGAUGCGGAGCUACGGCAGCAGCUACCCCGACUACAGCAGCCCCAGCGCCCCGCCGCAGCCCCAGCCCCAGGCAGCGGCGGCCGCCCCGGGAAGCCAGCAGGCAGCGGCGGGCAUGGGCAUGGGCAAGGACAUGGGCGCCCAGUACGGAGCGGCGAACCCGGCCUGGGCAGCGGCUCAACAAAGGAGCCACCCGGCGAUGAGCCCCGGGAACACCGGGCAGGCCAUCAGCAGGACCCAGGGCAGCCCGAUGGACCCGAUGGUGAUGAAGAGGCCGCAGCUGUACGGCAUGGGCAAUAACCCUCACUCUCAGGCACAGCAGAGCAGCCCCUACCCCGGGCAGUCCUACGGCCCUCCCGGCCCCCAGCGCUAUCCCGUGGGAAUGCAGGGCCGAGCCCCGGCAGCCAUGGGAGGAAUGCAGUAUCCACAGCAACAGGAUUGUGUCUCUGUUUUGUGCUCAGCAAGUGGGGUUUAAUAGAAACAAACACAGGGAACUGAGGCUGUGCAUGGACAAA